CUCAGGCCCCUCAUUCCUCACGCUUCACCCUACUCAGACCCCUACCCCACCCUCGAGCUUUUACGUCCCUUCCCUACACCUGCAACCCACCUAUUGAACCUUGUCCUCCAGCCGCGCGGCCCAUGCCCCGCCCACCUACCCCCUACCCAACCCACUACCCUCUCCCCCGCUCCCUUCCCUUACACCCUUAUUCUUCGCCCCUCCCACAAAAGCCCGGGCUCCGCCUGCCACCUCCUGCAACGUUCCCAAAGUCCACGCCCCGCCUAUUUGAUUCUUUACCCUCCCAUUACCCCUUAUUCCCCUCUCUUUACUCUAAGCCCCUACCCAAGAGGCCCGUGUCCCGCCUACCACCCCCUAGUACCGCCCACUACCUCUUUCACCCAAGGCCCUUGCGGAGCUUGCUGCCUUCCGCCUCGCCCUCGAGGUUAGCGCCCCACCCUCGACUUCUGGACCCAGCCAAUUACACUUUCUCGUCUCCCCCUCUCUCGUCCUCCUGCCCGUCACUCCGCCUACUGAGCCCUUUGUCCGCCCACUUCCCCUGGCCCCGCCCACCGCCCAUUACUCCCUGCCCCUCCCCCAGCAAUACUCCUAAGAGGCGCACACUCAGCCACGAGCAACCGAGCCGGCCGGAAGUCUUGCCGUAAAGCGUGCUACGACCGUCGUACUAGCGCCGGUUCCCUUGGAGACAGGCAACGCGCUCAAGAUGGCGGCGCCGGCGGAGGCGGAGGUGGCCGCGGGCUUCGUCGAGGCGGCUGAAGCAGCGGAACUGACCCGCGCGCUAGGCCGCCUGCUACCGGGGCUGGAGACCGAAAGUAAGCUGGGGCGGCGGCGCGCUCUGGAGGCUCUAGAGCACGCACUGGAAGAGGCGGUGCGGCCCGGAGCGGAUUCCGCUGCCUUCCAGGGCCCCUGGGCUCGUCUGCUGCUGCCGCGCCUGUUGCGACUUCUGACCGAUCCGGCCGAGGGCUGCCGCGCGCUGGCUGCUCACCUGCUGGACUUAGGCCUGCGGCGCGCCGCGCGGCCCCGCGACGCUCUGCCGCGCCUGUUGCCCGCGCUCACCGCGCGCCUGGCCCGGCCUGAACCCACGCGGCCGCCGCCUGAACCCUGCGAAGAGCUGCGUCUUGCCCUCGUGCAGCUGCUCCACCUGGCCGUAGACCUGGGCGGCUCCGCGCUCGCGCCCCACCUGGACGACGCGGUGCGCUCGCUGCGGGGCGCGCUGCUCGAUCCCUUCGCCGCGGUGCGCCGGGAAGGUUGCGAGUGCGCAGCCGCUCUGGCGCGUGCCACUCCGGAACACUUCCACAUGCAGUCGGAGUCCCUGAUAAGCCCCCUGAUGCAGACCAUCUCCCACCAGCACUGGAAGGUCCGGGUAGCUGUCAUUGAAGCCACGGGCACUGUGAUCCAGUUCGGCAAUGGGAAUUCGGUGGAUGAUGUUCUUUCCCACUUUGCUCAAAGACUCUUCGAUGAUGUCCCUCAGGUUCGGCAGGCAGUGACCUCAGUGGUGGGGGGAUGGCUGCUGAAUCUCCGUGACCGCUACUCCUUCUUACACAAGCUCAUCCCACUGCUGCUCAGCAGCUUCAGCGAUGAAAUGCCUGAGAUCCGGCAGAUAGCCACUAGCCUCUGGGAGAAGGUCGGGCUGCAGUGGCAGGAGGAGAACGAGGCAGAUCUAAAGGACAAAUUGGACUUUGCUUCACCUCCUCCUCCCAACUACCCUGAGCAUGAGAGCCGCCCUGGUCUGGGCUGCCGAGAGCUGGUCUUCAGGAACCUCUCCAAGGUGCUUCCUGCCAUCUGUCAUGACAUCACCGACUGGGUCGUGGGGACUCGGGUGAAGGCAGCGCAGCUGUUGCCGGUGCUGCUGCUGCAUGCAGAGGACCACAUCACACAGCACCUGGAGAUCAUCCUCAGAACCCUGCAUCAGGCAUGCAGCGAUGAAGAGAAGGCUGUGGUCAGCAGUUGCAUAAGAGCCUCAGAGCUCAUUGGCACCUUCGUCAACCCAGAAGUAUUUCUGAAACUGAUCUUAGCCAUGCUGAAGAAAGCACCCUCUGCCUCUGGCCUCUUGAUCCUCGCUUCUGUCAUCCAGGGCUGCUCCCGGAAUGCCCUCCAGCCACAUGUCAAGGUGAUAGCCACAGAGCUGGCCCAGGAGCACAUCUGCCAGGGGUCUGAGAAUAAUCUCUACCUGGAGCAUCUGCUGCUGUGUGUGCAAGCUCUGCUGUCUGUGUGUCGGGAAGACUGUCGUGAUGCCAGCCUGCAGCUCCUGGAGGUGCUAGUGGCAAUAAUGGCAGUGUCAGAUGCCGUGGGUCUUGAGAAGAAGGCUCAGAAGACCAUGGACACACUGGCCGAGAUGGAGGAUAUCCCCAGCAGUCAGGACCUCUACCGCAAGCAUCUGGGCGCACUUUUGGAGCAGCUGACAGCCUCGCAUGGCGAGUGGGCUGUGCACUCUGUGCAGUUGCUGAAGUUCAUUGUGCUCCUCACCCAGGCAGGCCCUGCUGUGGGAGAAGCUCUGCAGCAUGUGAUCCCCACCCUCAGGGCCUGUCUCCAGCCCACCACAGACCCACACAUGCGCCUGAAGCUCUUCUCUAUCCUGGCCACGAUGCUGCUGAGGCCUAAGGACACUGUCGACUCUCAGGGACAGUUCCAUGGCUACUUGGAUAUGGUAAUAAAUGACAUCCUAGCCCCCAACCUGCAGUGGCAUGCAGGGAGGACAGCUGCAGCCAUCCGGACAGCCGCCAUAUCCUGUCUGUGGGCACUCAUCAGCAGUGACAUCUUAUCAUCCAAGCAGGUACAAGAAGCACAGGAGACCCUGAUGCCACAAGUGCUAGCCACUCUGGAGGACGACUCCCAGACCACACGCCUGAUCUCCUGCCGCAUCAUCAGCAUGUUCCUCAAGAACUCAGGGGAUGCCAUGGAGCCCGAGAAGUUCCUCAAGGUCUAUCCUGAACUCUUGAAGCGCCUAGAUGAUGUCUCCAAUGAGGUGAGGAUGGCAGCUGCUUCCGCCUUGCUCACCUGGCUGAAGUGCAUCGAGAGCUUGGAUGGGAAAUCUGCCUAUCAGAGCAGCGUUCAGUUCCUAUACCGGGAGCUGCUGGUCCACCUGGAUGACCCGGAAAGUGCCAUCCAAGACACCGUCCUAGGUGAGCUCUCCAGGCCACAGUCUGCAGGGCCUGUGGCUUCUAGUACACUGAGACCAGAAGUCCUCAAGGAAGGCAGCGUCCUGUUUCCAGAUGUGCUGGUGCGGGAGACAGAGGCUGUCGUCCACAAACACCGCUCAGCUACCUACUGCGAGCAGCUGCUGCAGCACAUGCAAACCAUGGCCGCCGCUCGGUGACCAUGUGCAUCAGCCACUGAAGGGAGACAGCGGUGGCCUGGAGACACCUUGAAUUUAAGAUAGCCGUGUCCACAGCCCUGGCAUCCCUGGGACUCUACCAGCCACCAGAUGGUACUUGAGCAUCAGCUUCUGUUUUUCCUAAGCAGAUUUCUGGGAUUUUGUAACAUGCCUUCUUUUCAUAGAGACCUCAGAAAGCUAAAAUUAAAGUUAAAUGCCCCCACCCACGCCAGCUUCCCAAUUAGCUGCUUGAACAUAAUGUUUUUAUCACACACCCCAAGGGGUCCUGGGCUGCUUUCAGAUUCACCAUAAUGCUCUUCACAUUGCAAGAAAGCCAAAAGCAAUUGUAAAAACAACCAACCAUCCACUUCUUUGGGUUCUGUCCCAUCAUCCUGUGCUGAAGACACAGUCUUGACUCACUGAUAAAGUUUCUUCCACUUAUUUUGGUUUUUGACACGAGGUUUGGAAUGUCUUGCAGUGUGGGUACACUGUCCUGAUGUUCUGUUUCUCUGUAUUAGUGUUGCCCAUGGGUAAAGGAUAGACUAGGAAACCAGCCUUCAUCUCUACCGCUUGCUACAGCAGUCAGUAAGGUGGUCAUUCUCCAGUGUCUUUCCCACCAAGUGCCUAAAAGAUUUCUAAGUGGUUGUUAUCAGAAGCCAAUAUUUUUGUUAAGACAAUGUUGGGGGUGGGGGGAUGCUAACAAAUUUUAACAUUUCUGCUUUGCCGUUUAUGGAAUUAAAUUAUUUAUUAUAGUCA